AUGGAGACCAGGGACUCUGCGGAUUUGGGAAAGCCCCAGAAGAAAUCAGUGAGUGGUUCAUGGGAGAUUGAUGAGCUGGCCAGUGUGAGACCUGAGGUCCUCUCAGAAGAGAGGACGCCCCAUGACGACCAGGAGAUGCAAGACAAAGCACCCCAUUACUACAUCCCUAUCCAGAGAAACUCCAUCUUCAAUCGCACAGUGAGACACAAAAGCAAAGGCAAAGCCAGAGGCACUCCCGAACAGAACUGUGGACACCUGGCAGAUUCACUGGAAAAUGGGAACUCUGGAAAUGAGCCCCUGAACUUGAAUUUCCCCCAGAGCAGAACUCGACCCUGGAGAAUACCAACACGGACAGACCAAGGAGCCAAGAGAACAAGCGAGUCGUCCUCCACCCUGGGAAAUGAGGCCACACCCGAGGAGUGCCCGGCCCUCGCCGACAGCCCCACCACGCUCACCGAGGCCCUGCAGAUGAUCCACCCCAUUCCCGCCGACUCCUGGAGGAACCUCAUCGAACAAAUAGGGCUCCUGUAUCAGGAAUACCGAGAUAAAUCUACUCUCCAAGAAAUUGAAACCAGGAGGCAACAGGAUGCAGAAAUCCAAGGCAAUGCUGAUGGGUCCCCGGCCAGUGAAGAGACCCCGGAGGAGGAUGAAGAGGAGGAGGAGGAGGAGGAGGAGGAGGAGCCUGCAAGCCCACCGGAGAGGAAGGCUGUGCCCCAGAUAUGCCUGCUCAGUAACCCGCACUCGAGAUUUAACCUCUGGCAGGAUCUCCCGGAGAUUCGGAGCAGCGGGGUGCUGGACAUCCUCCAGCCGGAGGAGAUCAGGCUGCAGGAGGCCAUGUUCGAGCUGGUGACGUCCGAGGCCUCCUACUACAAAAGCCUGAACCUGCUGGUGUCCCACUUCAUGGAGAACGAGCGCCUGAAGAAGAUCCUGCACCCGUCCGAGGCGCACAUCCUCUUCUCCAACGUGCUGGACGUCAUGGCCGUCAGCGAGCGCUUUCUCUUGGAGCUGGAGCGCAGGAUGGAGGAGAACAUCGUCAUCUCAGACGUGUGCGACAUUGUGUACCUCUACGCCGCCGACCACUUCUCCGUCUACAUCACCUACGUCAGCAACCAGACCUACCAGGAGAGGACCUACAAGCAGCUGCUCCAGGAGAAGGCAGCCUUUCGGGAGCUGAUCGCGCAGCUGGAGCUGGACCCCAAGUGCAGGGGGCUGCCCCUCUCCUCCUUCCUCAUCCUGCCUUUCCAGAGGAUCACGCGCCUCAAGCUGUUGGUCCAGAACAUACUGAAGAGGGUGGAAGAGAGAUCUGAGCGGGAAGGCACUGCCUUGGGGGCCCACAAGGAACUGGAGCUGGUGGUAAAAGCAUGCAACGAAGGCGUCAGGAAAAUGAGCCGCACGGAGCAAAUGAUCAGCAUUCAGAAGAAGAUGGAGUUUAAGAUCAAGUCGGUGCCCAUCAUCUCCCACUCCCGCUGGCUGCUGAAGCAGGGCGAGCUGCAGCAGAUGUCAGGCCCCAAGACAUCGCGGACCCUGCGGACCAAGAAACUCUUCCGGGAAAUUUACCUCUUCCUCUUUAACGACCUGCUGGUGAUCUGCCGGCAGAUUCCGGGAGACAAGUACCAGGUGUUUGACUCGGCCCCGCGGGGCCUGCUGCGAGUGGAGGAGCUGGAGGACCAGGGCCAGACGCUGGCCAACGUCUUCAUCCUGCGGCUGCUCGAGAAUGCAGACGACCGGGAGGCCACCUACAUGCUGAAGGCGUCCUCUCAGAGCGAGAUGAAGCGUUGGAUGACCUCGCUGGCCCCCAACCGAAGAACCAAGUUUGUUUCCUUCACAUCCCGGCUGCUGGACUGCCCCCAGGUCCAGUGUGUGCACCCGUACGUGGCCCAGCAGCCGGACGAGCUGACGCUGGAUCUGGCCGACAUCCUGAACAUCCUGGACAAGACAGAGGAUGGGUGGAUCUUCGGCGAGCGUCUGCAUGACCAGGAGAGAGGCUGGUUCCCCAGCAACAUGACUGAGGAGAUCUUGAAUCCGAAGAUUCGGUCCCAGAACCUCAAGGAGUGUUUCCGUGUCCACAAGAUGGAUGACCCUCAGCGCAGCCAGAAUAAGGACCGCAGGAAGCUGGGCAGCCGAAAUCGGCAGUGACCCCUGGCCCCCGGCCUGGCCGAGGGAUGUGGGUGGGCGGGAGCAGGGCGUGGCGAGCAGCUCCCCAGCGGACAGUGGAAGGGCUCCGCGGGAAGGCCGGCCGCCGCCGCAGGCAGCACGGUGUGACCUGGGGUGCUUUGGCAGGAGUCGCCUCCACCCCUCACCCCUGCUACGUGGUUAGUGCUCAUGUGUCUUGGCCCCUCGCUCAAGAACUGCAGAAAAGGUGCCCACGUCUCUCCUUUGCUGCAUUUGUAAAUGAAAACGUGUAUUUUAAACAGUGUUACACCACCUCUUCUUCUUGUCUCCUGGGGGAGCAGACAGAGGACGGGCAUGCUCCAGGGCCCUUCUCAGGCACUGAGAGGCCCCAGACCCAGGGUGUCCCUGGCCAAGGGCAGGUGCAAAGGUGAUGAUGUCAUGACCCCUGCACGUGUCCUCUCCCCUGGAAGCUGUUAGAAUCGGCCAGGUGCACAGAUGGACCACCCUUGCCUGAUGAGCUUGACGAGCGUCAUCUGGUCUCCGACUCAAAGGACUGAGAGACCAACCGCCUCUGUCCACCCCGCCCCAAGCCUCCGCCAGUCUCUGGCUGCACGGCCAGGCUUGCCUCACGGCCACCAGAGCUUGGCUGAGGGCCCACGCCACCUUUGGCUCCCUGAUGGGCUGGAUGUAACUCAUAUCUUCUGGCCCCUUCCGGAGCCCAGGUGUUAUAA